AUGGAGCCAAACUUGAAGCUCUCAGAUAAAUCAAGCGAUCUUCUUCAAGAUCCUUCAGUCUUUAGGAAGAUCGUGGGUAAACUCCUCUACUUAACUCAUACACGUCCUGAUAUCACAUACGCUGUGCAUAAGCUUAGUCAGUUUAUGUCUGCUCCUCGCGUGGAUCAUCUCAAGGCUGCUCAGCGUGUGUUACGGUAUUUGAAGAAUGAUCCUGCUCAAGGUUUAUUUUACUCUGCUUCAUCUUCUGUCAGCUUGUCUGCUUUUUGCGAUGCUGAUUGGGCUUCAUGUCCCGACUCUCGGCGAUCUACAACGGGUUAUUGUGUCUUCUUGGGUGACUCUCUUGUUUCUUGGCGUGCAAAGAAACAACCUACACUAUCCCGUAGUAGCUCGGAAGCAGAGUAUCUUUCAAUGGCCGAUUCAACAUGUGAGUUGAUCUGGUUAGCUUCUCUACUCCGUGAUCUGCACUGUCCUCUCACUGGUCCAGCAACAUUGUUUUGUGACAAUCAGUCCGCUUUGCACAUUGCGUCGAAUCCAGUUUAUCACGAGAGGACAAAACAUAUUGAGUUUGACUAUCAUGUGGUUCGAGAGAGACUACAGAGUGGUUUCUUAAAGACGAUGCAUGUGAAGUCAGCUCAUCAACUUGCCGAUAUAUUCACUAAGGCAGUGCAACCUGCAGUCUUUCAUCACUUAACGCUCAAGAUGGGUCUUCACCAUUUGUUCAUUCCAUCUUGA